CGGAAGCAUCAUGGAAGGUAAACAAACAGCGUGGAAGGAAUAAAGGGCGAAAUGAUGGGAUUUUAACGCGGUUAUCCAGCAUUUUGCUUCAUUGUAUGCAGAUGAAAAUGAAGCAAAACCGCACUGCGUUGUAGACAGCGUGACGUUUCUGUGAAGAUUGUUUUCUUGUUUAAAAUUUGGAGCGAUGAGCAGCACGUCCACCCCACAGGCUGCGGGUCGAUCAGCCUGCAGCCCCUCCAUGCCCUCCUUCCCAUCCUCCUCCACGCCCAUGUUCAACAUGCUGCAAACGGCUGCUGAGCAGAUGAUGAUUGACCAAGACUUCCAGGCGGUUUUCGACACCUGUAACAAAGGUCUGCAGACGGUGAGCAGCCUGGAGCAGGACGACCUCAGAUAUGCAGAGUUUAAAGCUGGCUUCUGCAUCUUGGGGAUUCAGGCUCUGGCUGAGAUGAAUCGAUGGCCCGGGGUCCUUUCCUGGGUCCUGCAGCAGUACGACCAGCCGGAGAAAAUACCAGCCAAAGUACUGCAGCUAUGCAUACUUCUUUACUCUAAGGUGUGUGAGCCGGCGGUGAUGCAGGACACAGCCAGAGUUUGGCUCCACUUCCCGUCCAACAGCACAGCGUCUGGCUUCAGGACGGUGGCGGAGCUGUACCUGCUGCACAUCCUGGUUCCUCUGGGACACUUGGAAGAGGCUCGCGCGCUGGUAACGGGCGAGAUCGGGAGCGACACCUUCACAGAAGAUCAGAGGCGCACGGCACUGGAAGUAGUCGAAGAAAAAGAGCGAGACAUGCAAGAACCGGAGAACCCAGCAAGCCCCGAGACCCCAGCUGAGCCGGUGACACCUCGAGGCACUGUCAUCCACAAACUUGAAGCCAUGCUCGUGUUUCUGCACAGAAGAGUCAGGUUCUCAGGCUCCGGCUGGCUCCCUCUCCGGAGGCUCUUUCUGGCUGCUGUGCUCCUCUACAUGCUCUUUAUCCGAAUGGAUCCAGCUCUCCCGUCUUCUUUCAUGUGGAUCUCCAAACUUCUUCAGCUGAUCAAACAGAUGUGGAACGCCAUGUUUGCACCAUAUCAUCAAAGCAAAGCAUUGUAGAAGAGAUUCAUGUCCCUCAUUUUGUUGUUUACAGUGUUUAUUUUGGUAGUAAAAAGCUGCUCAAAAUA